AUGUGGCAGCAGCGCUUCGAGGAGCCGCGGAAGAGCUGGGCGGCGGAGAGCCAGGCGGGGCGCCCGGUGGCGCUGGGCAGCGCCGCGGAGCAGGCGGAGAAGGCGGCCUUGGGCGCCUUUGAUGCUGUGGCGGGCCAGUCGUGUGAGGCGCAGCGGAAGGCUCUCCAGGAUGCCAUCCGCAAAGACGUGCUGAGGAUCUUUCAAGAGCAGCGCGUCAUUGCGGAGCGACAGGCACUCAGCAGCCUCAGCAGGAAGCUGGUGAAGAAGAUGACGCAGCGUGGAGGGCCUCUAAGGAUCCAGGAGAAGAUAGAUAUGCUGCAAGCGGAGGUGCAGACCUACAAAGUCUCCGCCGGGGGCUGA